AUGCGCACAUCACUCUCUCCAACGUUGGCGAGUUUCCUGACAUCUUCAUCGCGUCCGAAGCGCUUCGCAGGCCCGCGAUGGCGGGGCCGCUGGGAGAGACGCCUCGUCUCUGCAGCGUCGCAAUCGCAGUCGCAACCGCAGCCGCCAUCGCACUACGGCAAAUCACCCUUUCGAUUUGAGACUGGCAUCGCGCUGUUUGCGAAGCGAUCGCCCCGGCCGUUUCCGCCGCCCUUCCUGUCCCCCCCAUCCGUAUCCUUCUCAGAUCCCUUGAGCACCCACCACCAGAGCCGAGACCGUCGAGCCCGCGCGUUUGUGAAUGGAGAACUCAUCAAGGGACUCACCAACGGUGACGAUGCUGUAUAUGCUAGCGACUAUUUCAUAUGUGCAAACGAUGGCGUAGGCGCGUGGGCGGCGCGCCCCAGAGGUCAUGCUGGGUUGUGGUCGCGACUGAUAUUGCACUUCUGGGCAACGGCCAUCGAAGAAGAGGCAACGCAGAAGCUGUUCGAGCAGAAGGCUUACCAGCCCGACUCCAUCGCCUCUCUGCAGACGGCAUUCGAGCAAACACAAGAAGCGACUGGGGCACACAACUGGCAGGGGACGACGACAGCGUGUGGCGCCCAGCUCCAUUACAAAGUGGUGACGGAUGCAGGGCGCCAAAUCGUGACGCCAGUUCUCCAUGUGACCAACCUUGGCGACAGCCAGAUCCUCGUUCUCCGCCCUCGAGACCAAACAGUCGUCUUCAAAACCACAGAACAGUGGCAUUGGUUCGAUUGCCCACGCCAGCUCGGCACGAAUAGCCCCGACACGCCGAGGCAGAAUGCAGUGGUGGACACGAUAGACCUGGAAGAGGGCGACGUGGUCCUUGCAAUGAGCGAUGGUGUCAUUGAUAACCUCUGGGGACACGAGAUUGCGACCCGAGUCUUUCAGAGCAUAAAAGAGUGGGAGGCCGGGAAAGGUGUAGGUGCUGAUAGCAAAGCAGAUCGAAGAGGCGGCCGUAAUGGCGGGAUGGCGAUUGUAGCUCAGGAUCUAGUAGCGGCUGCCAAAGCGGUAGCUCUGGAUCCUUAUGCAGAGAGUCCGUUCAUGGAACAUGCUAUCGAGGAGGGCUUAGCCAGUGAAGGAGGCAAGCUGGACGAUAUCAGCGUCGUUGCCGCAUUGUGCGUUAAAGACGGAGAGUAG